UAAGUUCUUUAUUUGGUUACUCUUUAUGGGUAGGCUCCCUACUACAGACUUUUUUUUCAGAAUGAAUCUUGGGCCUGAUAAUCCUUGUGCUCUUUGUGGGUUUCAGAGGGAAACACUUCAGCAUUUGUUUGUAUCUUGUCCUUUCAUCCAGGAAGUCUGGAGCUUGGUUAGCAGGAGGGUUAAUAAAUCUAUCUCCUUUCCUGAUAGCUUUGCUUCUGGAGCUUGGCUCACGAGUUAUAAUUACUCUCAUUUUGUGGUUUCUCUCAUUGCAACUUGUGCAUGGUUUCACUGGAAAAAUAGAUGUGAUGUUAUCUUCAGGCAACAAUUUCGGAAUGGUUACAGCAUUGUGAGCAAAGCUCUGGCUCACGUCAAAGAUUUCUUUACUUGUAACCAUAACCUUCUUGGUCGGAAGCUUAUUUGCCAUAACUUCUCUUGGGCUGAGGGUCCAUUUUUAUUUGUUUACAGUCACUUCCACCCGGACAGGGUGUUUCUCCUGUUCUGCAAAUGAUGCAUUCUCUGGAGAUCUGAUCAACUUUGAAGCAGCUAUUCAGUCCACCUGGGAUAUUCAUACUCCGAUCAAGCACAUAUUCACCAACAGCAGCUUCAUUCCACAUGCUUUAUCUGACAUGAAUCCUUCGAUUUCCUGGCGUUUCUCCGGCAAUAUAUCUAACAUCCGCUUCAUAUCGAACAUGCUGGGAAACCCUGCACUUCAUAUCACUCCUUCCCAUUGGAUGAAUCCUGCUUCCUGUCUUUCCAAUAUCAAUCCCAAUUGUCAUGUUCUUAAUCUAUUUCUAUCAGGCCGUGAGCUCCCGUUCUGGGUCAUGAAGAGCUUCCUUACUGCCGGCUUCCACUUCUCCUAAUCUAUCUUCUAUAUUUACUUUUUCUUGUUAUUUUUAGGUUCAGAUUUGUUUUCUUCAGUCUUGUUAUCAGCUUCAGCUUUGUAUUCUUCAGCCUUUAAUAUAUCAGCCUUUCGAGGUUCUUUUUAAAAAA